CUCCUUCGUCUUAUCUGUCCCUUCAAAUUUCUGAUCUUCUCUGUUAACUGCUUUAAUCCAAAGCCAUCAUGUCUUUCUCCCAAGUCUCCAUCAAGAAGCGGCACACUGUUAGCAGUGGUGGUGGUGGUGGUGGUGGAAUGGGGGGUUUUAGUGCAUGCUCACUUGGAGGAGGAGGAGGAUCUCGGGCUGGAGGUGGCUUUGGGUCACGCAGCCUUUAUAACCUUGGUGGAAAAUAUAAAACUUCCAUAAGUGCAGUCAGUACUCGGGCAGGAGGACUUGGUAGUGCUGCUGGUGGAGGAUAUGGUGGUGGCUUUGGAGGUGGACUAGGUAGUGGCUUUGGAGGUGGACAAGGUGGUGGCUUUGGAGGUGGACAAGGUGGUGGCUUUGGAGGUGGACUAGGCAGCGGGUUUGGUGGUGGGUAUGGUGGCGGUUUUGGUGGUGCAGGGGGCAUGGGUGGUGGAGGCAUGGGAGGUAUGGGUGGAAUGGGAGGCCCAGGAUUUGAUGGAGGGGAUAUGGGAUUUCCAGUUUGCCCACCUGGUGGAAUCCAGCAGGUUACUAUCAAUUCACAACUUCUGCUACCACUUGAUCUGGCUAUAGAUCCAACAAUCCAGAAAGUAAAAGCGGAGGAAAGAGAACAAAUUAAAACUCUCAACAACAAGUUUGCUACUUUCAUUGACAAGGUCAGAUUUCUAGAACAGCAAAACAAAGUCCUGGAAACCAAAUGGAAACUGUUGCAGGAACAGGGCACUAAGGGCAGCACCAAAAGAGCCAACCUAGACCCCCUGUUUGAGAAAUAUAUUUCCGACCUGAAGAGAUACUUAGAUAAUUUAAUUAAUGAAAAGGGCCGUUUGCAGCAAGAACUGAGGACUCUGCAAGAUCUUGUAGAGGAUUUUAAGAAAAAAUAUGAAGAUGAAAUUAACAAGCGAACAAAAGCAGAAAACGAUUUUGUGGUACUUAAGAAGGAUGUUGAUGCUGCCUACAUGAUCAAAACAGAACUUGAAGCCAAGGUGGAUACACUGACAAGUGAAAUCAACUUCUUCAGAACUCUUUUUGCUGCGGAAUUGUCUCAGGUACACGAUCAAGUCACCGACACCUCAGUCGUUCUGACUAUGGAUAAUAACCGUGACUUGAAUCUGGAUAGCAUCAUUAAAGAAGUUAAAUGUCAGUAUGAACAAAUUGCACAAAGAAGCAAAUUGGAAGCUGAAGCAUUGUACGAUCAAAAGUACAAGCAGCUGCAGCAAACAGUUGAAGGACAUGGUGACAGCAUAAAGAAUUCCAAGACUGAAAUAUCAGAUCUGAACCGUAAGAUCCAGAGGCUGAAGGCUGAAAUUGAAAAUGUCAAGAAACAGAUUGCAUCUCUGAAUCAAUCCAUUGCUGGGGCUGAGGAACGUGGGAACCUUGCUCUCAAGGACGCAGAAAAGAAACUUAAGGAUCUUGAAGAUGCUGAAAGGAAACUUAAAGCAGACAUGGCUCGUCAGCUUAAAGAAUACCAAGAACUUAUGUCUGCUAAGCUUGCUCUGGAUCUUGAAAUUAGCACUUACAGAUACAUGCUGGAAGGAGAAGAGGGCAGAAUGUCUGGACAGAUUUCCAACAAUGUCAGCAUAUCUGUAAUCAGCGGAGGCUCAAGUGUCUACACUGCUCUUGGCGGCGCAGCAGGCGGAAUGGGAGGUGGAGGCGGCAUGGGAGGAGGAAUGGGAGGCGGCAUGGGAAUGGGAGGUGGAAUGGGAAUGGGAGGCGGCAUGGGAAUGGGAGGUGGAAUGGGAAUGGGAGGUGGAAUGGGAAUGGGAGGCGGCAUGGGAUCUGGCCACGGUGUUGGAUAUGGAAAUGAAGCAUGCUUUGGAGGUGGAAUGGGAUAUGAAGGUGGAUCCAUGCACGGAGGAGGAAGCUCAUAUGGCCAUUCUGGAGGCAAAACCUCGGUGGCAAUUGCAUCAACAACAUCCACAACCAAAAGAAGCUACUAAUUUACGGCAGCAGUAGCUACCCUUUAAAGCCACAGAUCACUACAUCUUUGCCUAACUAAUGGAUGCUUGAAUAGUAUGUAAUGAUUGUCAUUCUACACCUAUCAAUGAUUAAUUUCCAUCAUAAAUAUCUGAGAAAAUUGGUCUCCACAACACAGUAGUAUAUUAUAACACAAGAAGAUAGUGAGUAUAUAUAUAUGAGGAACUAUCUUCUUAGCUAUAUGAAAUGUCAAGCAUUGUGAAGGACAUAACUGUGUUCCCGUGGCUAAUAGCAAUAACUAAAGAAGAUAUUUGCUAAUGAGAUGGAUCAUGAUCGCAUCUAGUUCUGUAAAUUCCUGCUAAACUUUUAUCUAAAUGGAGAGGGGAUCCUGGGUGUUUGUACACAGUGUCCUCUUAAUGCAUUGCUGAAUUUUCCCAAACAUUUAUGAACCUCUUCACUUUUCUCUGUAUCUUGAAUAAAUUGCAUUUGGAUUUCCAA